GGAGCGGCACUGGAAAAUACAUGUAGGAAUUUCUAUGGCUUUUAAAAUUGGUGAUGCUCCGCGGCGCCCGGCCGCGCCGCGCCGGCCCUCGCCGGUACGCCGAUCGUGUUGUUCUGUUGUUGCUUAGUGACGCCACGGACGCCGCUACGCUGCAUUCUACUCGCAAGAUAUUCAUUUCACUGAUAAAGUAUUACACACGCAUUUCAACCAGAGACAGAGCGGUAACCCAACAUGCCGACUAUUGUUGAGAUAGUGGAUGAAGACCCGUCUGUAGAUCAGGCACCGGUCUUCGUCACAGAAGUCAAACCUGUCCCCAUCGAGCCUGUGGGAAAAUCAAGCAACCUAGCUUCCUGUGAGCCCACCAAGGCUCUAGAUGCAGGGGAAGUGGAGGAUAUUCCUGGGGCUGAGGUUGUGGAUGCUGAUGGACUGUCAAGUGAAGGGUUAGGAGGAGGAGAUGGUGAAGGAAAAGAUGAUGGACCAAAAUUAGUAAAGGUUGAAGAUGAGCCAAGCAAGAAGGAAAGAAACAGGAAGGAGGAAGACGAAAAGGAAACAGACUCUCAGGUUCCUGAUGAUGACAGAUAUCCAAGAAUGACAGAGAAAGCAUUGAAGGAUAUUUGCAAGCAACAUGAUCUGUACAGGACACCUGAACUUAAUGAUGUACUUUACCUCCAUUAUAAAGGCUACACCCGCAUCGAGGGGCUGGACAAGUACACCGGACUGAAAGCCCUUUACCUUGAAUGCAACGGAUUCCGCAAGAUUGAAAACCUUGAUAACCAGCGAGAGCUGCGCUGCCUGUACUUGCAGCAGAACAUCAUCGCCAGGAUCGACAACCUACAGAGCAUGCAAAACCUUGAUACACUCAAUGUGUGCCAUAAUCACAUCACAAGGAUAGAGAAUAUCGCGUGCUUACCAAAGCUGAACACUCUUCAGAUCACCCAUAACAGAUUGACAACGGCUGAAGAUCUGAUGGAACUCAAAGGGUGUCCUAACCUCAGUGUUUUGGAUGUCUCACAUAAUCGUAUCAACGAUCCCAAGGUCUUAGAGGUCUUUGCUGCCAUGCCAAUUCUGAGGGUUUUGAAUCUUAUGGACAAUCCAGUGAUUAAACAGAUCAAGAAUUAUCGCAAGACUCUGAUUCGUGAUGUGAAAAACCUGACAUACUUGGAUGAUAGACCUGUGUUUCCCAAAGAGAAAGCCUGUACCUUGGCCUGGUGGGAAGGAGGUCGGGAGGCUGAGAAAGCCGAGAGAGAUCGCUGGAUCAACAAAGAAAGACAGAAGAUUAUGGACAGUGUAGAAGCCCUUGCUGCUAUCAGGAGAAGAAACGUGGAGAAGAGGAAGGAGAGAGAAGCCAAAGAACUAGAAGAGCAUGGACCGGAUUUUAAGAGAGAGAUUCCAGACCCAGAGACCUUUAUCCAUCAUCCCCCUGAAGAUGAAGAUCUCUUCACUUUCAAUGUAGAAAAACCAGAGAAUCAGCACAAACCUGCUUCUGUCACAAGCCCUCGUACAGCAUGGUCUGAUCAACAAACUUCGUCAGAGGAUAUCGAUGAUGGAAAGAUUAAUAUUGAUGAUCUUCCAGACCUAGAAGACAUUGAUGAAGAUGAGAUAACGUGGGCCAGGCAGGCCCAGAAUAAACCACUCAUUGAAGAUAUCACACCUACCAAGCCGGCAGGCUCCAUAGCAAUGGAUGUCGGCAAGUCCUCCACAUCAGGCCGAGUUCUAAUCGAAGAGGUCGGUCCAGUAGAGAGUGAAGUCAGCCGACCAUCUGGGAGAGGGGAUGGUAUGGUGUCCCCAACGAGUUUGAUUGAAGAUAUCUCAUUGUGUGAAAACUCUGCUAAUAAGGAGGUGAAAAGCUUUGACCAACUCAAGGCAGAGUACAACGACAUGGAGACGAGGUUGCCAAGAAGCUGGCAGCUGAAAGAGCAAUUCAGUGCAACCAACGGCCCACCUGGGGCAGAGGUUGCCUAUUCCCCUGAAGGUGGACGAACUAAAUGCCUGGUUGAAGAGGUUGGGCCUGAAAGUGAUGCAGUGACGGGCUGGCUGGGGACGGAAGUUGAGGCAGCAAGUGGAAACAUUGGUGUAACAAAUAUUGCUGGGGAGGAGGUUGACGAGGAAAGUGAACUGAUCAAUGAGAUGAAAGGCCAUGAGUAUCUAACAGCAGAACAAGAGAGGCAAAAGGAAAUUGAACAGAAGAUCUGGGAAUUGGCAGCGAACGCAGGAUCGACGCUUGACAGGGAGGAAACUGGUAGUCUCAAUAGUGAACUUAUGAGGACUCUAAGAGCUAAAUACCAAGGCAUGGGACCUUAAGAAGAGUCUUGUCAUCCUUGAAAUGGUCACAAUUUUUGUCGAUUGGCAGAUGAAGCAGGACCGAUGAUAGCAGACAUGGAACUUAUGAGGGCUCUGGAGCUAAAUACCAGGGAAUGGGACCUUAAGAGUCUUGAAAUCCUUACAAGGGUCAGAAGGUUUGGCAAUGGCAGAUGACAGGACUGGUAUUAACAGACAUUCCUAAAAUGGAACUUAUGAGGACUCUAGGAGCUAAAUACUUAGGCAUGGGACCGUAAGUUGAGUCUUGAGAUUCUUAAAAGGGUCAGAAGGUUUGGCAAUGGCAGAUGACAGGACUGGUGUUAACAGACAUUCUUAAAAUGGAACUUAUGAGGUCUCUAAGGCAUGGGACCUUAAGAAGCUUUGGCAGGGUUGCAAUGGGCAGCCUUAAUAGUGAACUUUUGAGGGCUCUAGGAACUCAGUACCAAGGCAUCGGACCUUAAAGUGGAAUUUCACCCUGACAAAAAGUUUAUUCUAAAAAUAGCCAAAAAAGUAAUAAAAAUAUCACUGAAGGUUUGAGGAAAAUCCAUCAAAGAAUAUAACAGUUAUCAGAAUUUUGAUUUUUUUUUAUUUGUGACGUCAUAUGCGAGCAGCUUUCCUUCAUAUCGUAUGGUAAGAAAUCAAUGAAAUGUAGUUUUCUCAGAAAAUUUAAAAUGACUUUUACUGUACUUUGGUAUAUCAAUAGACAAAUUGUUUCACACCCAUUCUUAAAAAGAAAACUGAAAUAUGUCAUGACGACGAUUAAAAAAAUUGAAAUAUAUGGAUUUUAUAACAUAUGGGGCAGCUGCUUGUUUAUGCCGUCACAAAUUCAAAACUCAAAAAUUCUAAUUACUUCCUUAAUCUUUGAUGGAUUUUCCUUAAACCUUCACCAAUAUUUUUGAAUUAUUUUUUCAGCUAUUUUUGCAACAAAAUUUUCUUCAGGGUGAACUUCCCCUUUAAUAGUGAUCUGUUGAUCAUUGAAACCAUGGAUUACAAAGGAACUCUAGGAUAACAUUUAUGCUAUAGGGCCGUAGACAAUGCUGUAAUGAUUCUCGCUAUCAUCAGUAAACAAAAGCUCCGGAUGUACAUGUAGCUGUGUGACCAAGUGAUUUCCUGUGGCUUGAAGGUGAGAAUAGCAUACAGCAAGAGGGAUAAAAACAAGCAGCAAGAUAUAUAUGAUGAUGACUCCUCGAAAUUUAAGAAGUGAUUAAAGGUAAAAGCAAACAAUUAUUUCAUGAGAAAGUUUUUAAAAUCAAGGUUAAUUGUCAAAGUAUCAUCAUAGAUCUAGAUCUGGUACAUUGAAAUAAACUUUGUGAAAUCGUGAAAUUUUAGCUGAAACUCGAUAAUCCUGAUGAUCCUGUGUUGGUACACAGGAAGCAUAUGUGGGACAGUGUAUUAAUAUUGCUCAUAAAAAUACCCAACAUUUGAUGGAAUUCCGUGCUUAUUUAGCUCAUUUCUCAGCAAUGACACAUUUUCUUCCAGAGCCGCUUUCGCACAUAUUUUUUAUUCAUACAUACAAACACUUGGAUGGUAAUUCUAUUGGAUUCUGUUCGAAUUCAUUUUGAGAUGGUUACAAAAACUGGUAUUUAUCUUUAAGGAAACGGUGUGAAAGUAGAUGUGAUUUAAAAAAUUGCAAAUUCAUGCCAUGCGCUGCAUACAAGAUUUUUGGGUUAUUGUCGAUAAUUUACGUAUGCCGAUGUCCGCACAUGUACGAAAUGCUGUUUGUAUUCAAUCUUCUUUCUCGAUAUUACAAAUUAAUAUCUUGAUGUUGAAAUAUAAUUUUGUGAUGUUGUCAAUAGCCAAGAUGGUGCUAUUAGCCUUCUCAAUGUGCUGUUUAUACUCCAUAUUCCGUCCGUAGUCAUUCAAUGGUACACCAUAUUAAUAUUUAUUGAUACAUUUGUAUUUGAAGCUAGUUUGAAAUGUUUGAUUGCGGUUCUCUUAUUUGGUAACUUACAGGCCAAAAACAAACAAAUUUUUUUUAUUUUUGGAGGCUACUUUUCACAACUUUCUACCUGAGUCUGCAACAUUAGUAAGCUUUUACACUGCAACGAAUGGACUCUUUUAAGUAUUUUUGGGGGCACCCCCCCCAGCCCGUGUUAUUUGUUCCUUGUAAAUUACUUUAUAUCAGGUUUGAGAAUAGUAUAAAGAGAUGUGUGAAAUUAUGUAAAAAGAGUAUGAAAUGUAUUCAUGUCAAUAUUCAGAUAUUUAAUUACACUCAGUUCAUGGCCAAUUAAGAAUAGAAAAUGACCUCUUUCAAAUCCAUCUACUUUUAUCCCAUAGUGAAGCAUGGUUUGCUACACAAAUAUGUUAUCAGUCAAGUUAAGGGGAAUAGAUAUACAAAACACAAAAAGAAUGUCAUACCAUUCAAAAUACAUUUAGAACAAACCGUAGUCAUGUAGUGCGCAUACAUUCGUAAUUCCGAAGCUUCGUUAUUCCGAAGGUUCGGAUAUUCCGAAGGUUCGUUAUCCCGAAGGUUCAUAUUUCCGAAGGUUCGUAAUUCCGAAGGUUCGUUAGUCCGAAAACGAAAUGAGGUUCGUAAUUCCGAAGGUUCGUUAGUCCGAAAAAGAAGUGAGGUUCGUACAUGUAAUUCCGAAGGUUCGUUACUCCGAAAAAACGAAAUGAGGUUCGUAAUUCCGAAAACGAAAUGAUUAACGAACCUUAUUUCGUUUUCAGAUUAACGAGCCUUCGGAACAUCGAACCUUAUUUCGUUUUCGCAUUAUCGAACCUUCGGAAUAACGAACCUUAUUUCGUUUUCGGAUUAACGAACCUUCGGAACAAGAACCUUAUUUCGUUUUCGGAUUAACGAACCUUCGGAACAACGUACCUUAUUUCGUUUUCGGAUUAACGAGCCUUCGGAACAUCGAACCUUAUUUCGUUUUCGCAUUAUCGAACCUUCGGAAUAACGAACCUUCGGAAUAACGCCACAAAUGUUCGGAUUAACGAACCCUUUUAUGUUUUCGGAUUAACGAACAUCGAGGUAUAGGCAAUUUACGUGUUUCGGAAUUACGAACCUUCGGAAUAAAGAACCUUCGGAAUUACGAAGUGUAACCCAUGUAGUGAUGUAAUUAUUUUUCUUGCAAUAUUUCGCUCUUGUAUUCCCAACUUAAGUAGGCUGGUUUACCUAAUUUGUAAUUUGUAAUAUGAUAAUAGUUCACACAGUACAUUUCUUUUCUUCAUUGUUAAAUGUUCUAUUAUAUCUAUAAUGUGUGUUAAAUAAUGGUUUUUGUCAAGUGCUCUUAUACACCAUGGCCCGUAUUCUGAAGUCGGGUUUAACUUAGACCACGGUUUAACUCUGUGCUAAAAUUAUGGGGAGCCAAAAGUUCAAAAAUUCUGUUUAUAUUGUAUAUUUGUUAUGUUUACUAUUUUGUUUCCUUUUGCUUUCACAAUGAAGAAAAAUACUUCAGUUAUCAUUCCCAGACAAUUAUGAACAAUUUGUGUGUCAUAUGAAUAAUAUACUGAAUGUGUACUGUUAGGGAUUUGUGCUCCAAUUGGCUCUCCAUAGUUAAACCACAACUUUAAACCAGGGUUUAAUUUAAACCCGAGUUCGGAAUACGAGUCCAUGUAUUAAGCACUGUAUAAAUACAAUUCAAUCUUAUUA